AACCAUUUUAUGUCGGUCUGCCGUUUACAUGAGUUUCUGUCCGUCUCGCGUAGGUAGUGUGUGCAUAAGUUGGUGAGGAACUGGGUUUCAUACAAGUUCCACAUAUUCCUGUGCUUCGAAAUGUAUCGAUAAGGUGAACAACUAGCGGAUGCCUUUACAAAGCCGCUACAAGCAGUGCAGUUUUUGAAAAUCCGGAAACAAAUAGUAAUAAUAAGUCUGUCGAUUUUGCGAGGAACAUCUAACAGCUGGAAGAUGGACGCUGCAAAGUCGAAAGAAGUGGCAGACGAGUAUAUAUCGUCGUUGGCUGAUCUUUCAGUCAACAGUAAGCCGAUGAUCUCCAUGCUCACGAUUUUAGCAGAGGAAAGCAUGAAACACGCUCCUGCCAUUGUCCAUGCCGUUGAAGCCCAUUUACAAAAGGUGAAAAGCGACUGCAAACUUCCGGUACUGUAUCUCAUCGAUUCGAUCGUCAAGAACGUUAAAGGAAAUUACCUGGAACUGUUCUCACAAAAUAUUGUCAAAACAUUCUGCAGCGUCUUCGAAGAGGUGGAUGAAGCAACGAGAUUGAGCAUGCAUAAAUUACGUCAGACAUGGUUCAACGUUUUCCCGGCACAGAAGUUAUAUGUAUUAGAUCUUAAAGUGAACAGUAUAGAUCCAGCCUGGCCAAUACGUCCGCUUCCUACUAGUGGCACCAGUUCUAUUCACGUGAACCCUAGAUUUUUUGCAAUGUCUAGACACGCUACAGCUGAAGCCGUACCAGUAGCCGCUACGAAUUUACCUUCAACGAAUAACGUUCUAUCAAACGAAGCUGCGAUGAGAGAACAACUUCUAAAGAAGGAACGCGAACUAUUGGAAUUGCAAAAAAAGAAAAUAGAAUUGGAAUUACUUCAGGCGAAAGCUAGUUUAGAACAACAGCAACGGCAGUUGUAUAAACAAGUUGUAAACUUGAAGACAGAACCGUCUCCAGUGACAGUACUUAUGUCUCCAUCAAAUGAAAACACUCAAGAGAAACUUGUAGUAUCCAGUGCACUUAGUAAAAUUCCAAAUACGACUGCAAAACAGUUUCCAGCAGCAACAGCUUCGCUUUUGAAAAACGUGGGUACCAGCAAUGGCCCCCGAAUAGCACCGGCCAGUAGUAUUGCAGUAGCAUCUGCCAGGCCCAUGUUGCGGGAUCCCAGGCUAAAGAUUUCAACAUCGGCACAAGAGCAGAGUACAACUCAAGUGGAUCCUCGACAUCGAGCAGGAAUUACUGGUGAAAAGGAGCCUUGCAUGGAGCAGCAAGCGCAAGCAGUGGUCCCAGUCGUCAAUACUGUACUUUCAGAGCAAUUAAAACAGCAGUUACUUUUGAAGCAGGCUGUUGUAACUAGCUCUCUCAACAAACCUCCGUCGAUCGCUGACGGCUCCAAUACCUCACUUUUAAUCGCUAGUAGUAACAAUAAUGCUAAUUCAAACCUCAACAUUAAUAAUAAAAAUUCCAGUGGUAAUGCAAAUAAAGAUGCUGUCUCGCAUCGAAAAAGCCAAAAAAAAGAACCCCGAUCGUCUAGUAAUAGUAGCGGUAACUUAACGGUUAACAAUUCCAAAGCAACACAAAACCAGUCCGUUAAUAAUAGUAGUUCUCCGGUGUCAUCAGUGAGUAGUAGAGGAGGCGGAGGAAGCGAGUCCAAAUUAAAGGAUGCCAAAAGUCCAAAAAAUCGUGGCUCUUCAAUGUCGGAAAACGACAAAUCUUCCGCCUCGUCCCAUUCCUCGCAUAGAAAAUUAGGAAACAAAUCUCGAUCUAAGCAACCGCAUUCUUCUCCGAGCAAGAUCCCUAAAAUUGACAGAGAUUCAAGUCCUGUUAGGUCGAAAUCGCGCGAAAAAGAAAACGAGGACAGUUCGCCGUCCUUGCGUGCCUCUCCCCAAUCCUAUUCCCAAUCUUCCAAAAGUCGUAAGAAGAUCAAUAACUCCAGAAAGCGUAGCCCGAGUCCUUAUCGAAUUCCCAGACGUAACGAAUUAAAGUCCAAUACAAGUUCGAGUAGUUCUGGAGGUCUUACCGAGGAGGAACAGUCAGGUUCUUUGAUAGUGUCACCUCCGCAUCCACCUACGUUUAAAGAAAUCAGACCUGCAGCGAGGCAGAGAAAUUACGUCAGGCGAAAUAGGGAAGGUAGCCCUAGUCCAGAGCCGACUGCAUCUCCUGCUCCAAGCCAUCAGGCUCUCUCUGUAACACUUCUGGCGUCUUCGAGUAAAGACGAAGAUCUUAGGGCUUCGCUUCCAAUACAAGUUCCAACAGCCCCUUCCAGCAUUUCCGAAAAGAAAGAAGACUUAGACUUACGAGUACUUCCACCAGUUACUGUGAAUAAAAGACAAAGCUCCGAACACGUAGAACCAUCAAUAGCUAAAAAGAGCAAGGUUGAAAAAUUUGAUGCAUUAUUUGGAAAUGAAGACGUUGAUUUACGAAUGCUUACUAAUCCCAACGCUGGCCGUCCACCGACGCCGCCACCACCUGUAAUUUCUGGAGACGAAGGAAAAGACAGUUGGGCGAAGCUAAAAACUCCCUCGAAGAGUAACGACAGAGACAAAUCCGAAAAGCCUCUCUCUGAAGAUAAACGAGAUCGUGACCGUAGCAGAGAUCCUCUUGGAAGGCCUCGGCUAUACAACAAGCUUCCCGACGAUCCCAAGGAAAGGCGCAGAACACUAUCCAAUGAUGAGCAAGAUCCAAGGUUUAGUCGUAGAGGGCGAGAUACCGACAAGCACGAGAGAAAUCCUGAAAGAAAUAUUGAAAUAAUCUUGAAACAGGCAGCUGAGCAAUUGAGUCAAGGCGCGAUCACGAAAGCUGACUACAAUAAAUUGAUACAGGAAGUUCUGCAUAUGAGUGAAGUACAAAAACUGAAGGCAGCUCAACGUCAAGAGAAGGAAGUGGGUUCUCUAGUCUGGGAGAAGGGAACUAAUAUGGAUAUGAAGAACAGGAUGCCCGGAUUCCCUAUUAAAGAUGAACAUCACAGGAAUGAUUAUCCCAGCGUAAGAAACGAAGGAGGUCCAAGGUGGCAAAAUCAACCAUGGCAACGACCUGGACCUUGGGCUCAUCCUGCAGGACCUCCUUUUGGUGGGCCUCAAGGUCACUUUAAUCCUGAUUAUAGACCUUUAGGUCCCUGGCAAAACCCUAGGCACUUUAGUCCAAUAAGGCCCGACUUCCAAUUCCACGGAGGCUUCAAUCCUAACCUAGGUCCACGAAUGGGGCCUGGCAUGAUGGGUCCCAUGGGCCCGAAUGGACCAAUUAUGACCAACAUGAUUCCGAAUGGUCCCCUUGGACCAUUGGGCAUGGGAAACGCACCUUUACCGAUUUCUGGCAUGGGACCCGGAUCAAUGAUGAUGAAUGGUCCCAUGGGGAAAAUGAUGCAUCCAAAUAUUGCACCAGUGGGUCCGCCUGUGCGAAACUCUUCACCCUCCUCUACGCCUAAGUAUGAGCACGAUCAAAACGAGGAUGAUUUCAACGGAGUCUCGAUUAAAAAUGCGUCAUUUAAUCGAGAAUUGCCAAUUCCUGAUCAAAAAGUCUUAGACGAAAUAUCUCAUGAUGUUAUGAGAUCGAUAAACAUCGACGGCAUUCCGAGGGAAAUUCGAUAUUACGGACACACUGCUGUUGUCUUUUUGAGUUGGGAUGAUCCAAGGGAAAUUGGCUUCCAGGAUGGAGUACGGAGAGUUCUGAUUGAUGAGAUCGAAACUAUUAAUUGUGAAUUUAACGAACCAUUUAAAGAAUUCCAUUGCAUGGGAGAAGUCCACAGGAUUAAGUUGGGAGGACCUACGAGGGAAUUGUACGUCGACGAUUGCUGGUACGAAUGUUAUUUUGGAGGACCUGCAAUUUCGAUCAACCUAGGUGGCAAAAAAGUUAGUGUCAAAUUGGAAGGUCCAUCGCCUCAGGUAAAAAUUGGCACUGUGAAGAGAACAGAUUUGGUGGUGGCGAAAAUAAAUCUAAUUAUUAAUGCCAAGAAUAUGGUGCCUGUGUUCUUGGAUGCAAAGCCUCAAAUAUUUGAAAUUGAAGGUACACCACACACCUUGGAGUUUAUUGAUGCUUUGCAAACUGUUUUGUUAAAUGGACGUCCAUUUAAGGUGGAAUUUGGAGGUUUGCCAAAGCCUAUAAUCGUAAGAGAUAAGAAGCAUUUUAUUCGGUUUUCGGUAUUACCGAGAGGUAUUCGAGCUGGUUAUGUCAGGAUUAUGGGGAUGAGAGGAGAAGGUCCUGUAGAUUCGCCUCCUGUUUCUCCACGAUUGAAUCAGAACGUGAUCAUCGAAAAUGCACCGGCUUCAGUAUCAUUGCCCUCGACUAUUGAGCAUGAUUCUGCGUCUCAAGAUGGAUCUGAUUUCAUUUCAACUACUUCUAAACCUGAUCUGCAACUGGACAUGUUAUCAUCAGUUUUGCCGUCAGCUAUGGCACCAUCUUCUGGUCUAUCAUAUCAAGCAGAACCAGUUGAAAAUCCACCAGCACCACCUCCAGUUUUAAAUUUAAAUUUGAAUAUGGACGAGUUAUUUCAAAGGCUCGUUGAAACUGGUAUUGUUGCAAAUCUUUCGGAGCCAAAGAAACAAGAAGAAACGGAGAAAGAAAAACCGGAAAUUAUUCCCGUGUCGUUUAGUGAUGAUAAAUCGUUAAAAGUCAAGCAACCUGCGGUUAUUGGAUUAUUAUUCAACGGCAUGCAGUGCAGCUCUUGCGGUUCAAGGUAUGCCACACCUGAACUGACGUCUAGAUACAGUCAGCAUCUGGACUGGCAUUUCAGACAAAAUAGGAAGGAAAGAGACUCAGCAAGAAAAGCACAUUCUCGAACAUUCUACUAUGAUCUCAGUGACUGGACCCAAUAUGAAGAAGUAGAAGAUUUAGAGGACAGAGCUCAAAGCUGGUUCGAAACCGAAAAGCAAUCAACCGAAGUCGAGAGUGCGGUAGCUGAAGAUGUUCCUGAGGAGUCUGAGCAACCAAGUGUACCUACAGGAUCAGCCACAGAACUUCGAUGUCACGUAUGUCAUGAUGAAUUUAAACAAUUUUAUAACGAAGAAAUGGAAGAAUGGCACAUUAAGCCAGCUGUUGUCUUUGAAGACAAUUACUUCCACCCACUAUGUCUUGAAGAUCACAAACGGGCCUUAGAAAAGUCUGCAGAGGCGCUUGAGGCUCUUGUAGUAUCGGAAGAGGGAAAAAAUUUAGCUACGGAAGUCAUGGAUAAUUCUGUGGAAGUUAAAGAAAAAGAAGCAGAAGAAACAAAGGAAGUAAAAUUUGAAGAAGCAAAGGCCGACGAGAUAGACGAAAUAGAAUGUGUUGUAGCGGGCAAAGAUUCUGUUGUAGAAGCCGAUCCUGAUAUUGUAGUUACAGAACCUCCACCAGCUCCUGUAAUUGAAUCAAUCGAUCUUGAAUCAGAAGAAAAUGAACUUGAAGUUGUAGGUAGCGAGCAGCCGGCAAUCGAACAAAAAAAGACGGUGGAUGAAUUGGAAAGAAUAGAUCAGCCUCUUGACAAAAUUAAAAUCAAGGAGGAACCUUUAGAUGAAGCUGAGAUUCCGGAAGAAGAAUUCGUCUUCACUAAUAUAGAAGUAAAGGAGGAACCAAUUGAAGCUGAACUUGAGCCAGAGCCCGAAGAAAGUAUAGAACCAAUUGAAGUCGACACGACGCACGCUGCAAUGAAAUCCAGCAUCGAUGGUAACGUCGAACUUGAGUCGACGCCAACAACAAUCCCAGCAGCUCCAUCAAAAAUCAAAAUAAACAUCACAAAGCCCUUGGCAGCGAUCAGAGAACCAGAAGAACAAAAAGGAAACCCAGUUAUUGAAAGUUUUGCAGUAGAAAAUAGUCGUCCUUUAAGCCCAGCAACUGUAAAGAAUUUGCUGAAGAGUAGAAAUCUUAAGGUUUACCCAAAAGUGGAAAAAGGCGAAGAAAUGUCAGGCCUUUGCUCGAUUAUGUAAGAAGUAAAUCUCUAUGUAAAUGUGUGUGACCACUGGUAAAUUGGUAAGUGGGGAUCAUUUAAGAGAAAGCGAGUCACGAAUUAAUAUUUUCUACCAGUAAGGAUGUGACAUGAUGCAAAAACGUACGUGAAUCCUACGUUCUAAAAAGCUAUUUACGAAAUAGUUUUGUCUUGUUUUGUUUUACUCAUUUAUUUAUUUAUUCACUCAAGUAUAUUAAUUAAAUCUAUAAUACAAAAUUUUAAGUUGACGGGUUCUUUGAAUACGAUCAAGUUUUCAAGGUAAGGACGUAAAUUCGAUAAUGAUCCUCUUUUUUUACAUCAUGCCCCCCCCCCCCAACCCCAAGUUUAUCGUACUGUGUAACUAAGAUAAUGCGAGGAUAGAUGUAUAUUUUGCAAAAAGAGAAAUAGAUACUGUACAUAAUCAAUAUGAUUGAGACUCAGGGUAGAUGAGUAAACACUCUACAUACUUUUUUAAAGGAUUGUCCUUACUUCUCAUCCUAGGGUCUUAAAUCUGCUGUAUAGUUUUAAAUAUAAAUACUUUUAAAAUAGUGCGUGACGAUGUAAAAGCGUUUUCCGAUACAAUAAGUGCAGCGAAAACGAAAAAUUGCACAAGAAUAAUGAAAAGAUUUCAUACGAUUUGUACUUUGUUAAGAAACACGAAGACUGUCCGCUACGUUUUGCGUUUUUUUAAACAGUUAGAACUUAUUCAAUUUUAAAGUUGCGUGAAUUGAAUGAAACUCAAAAGUACACGAGUAGAAGAAAAAGGACGAAAGGUUUUGUCCUUUUUAUUUGUUAAUACUGUACAAAAUGUGUGAUAUAUGAUUAAACUGUACAUAUACGAUUAAGGUAAACAAAAACCGCGUUAUGCAGAUGAAGCAAUUAUUACAAAACAAAAUAUUUUGUUGUAUGAAAAGAAAAAAAAGAUGAUUGAAUAAUGAGGGUUUGGUUUUUUUUUUUGUUUAUUAUUUAUCCCCUUAUAUUCACUGAUUUUGAAAUUGUGAAUAAUACCAUCAUUUCCAAUGAGAUUUAGGAUUCAACUAAGUAAAUAUUACUACAAAAAUAUUUCGAUUAAGGCUUAGAUUAAUUACAUUACAUAAAUAUUUAGUGAGUAAACCUAAAUAAAGAUCAAUACAAAAAAUUA